AUGUCGCAAGAAAAUGCUGCAGAAUUUCAUGAAUUAUGUCAAAAAAUCAGAGACAUUUUCAAUAGUUUAUUCAGUAUUCUUGAUAAACAACAGAAUGAAAUUAGUCAUUUAAAACGUCAAAUGGAGUUAUUGCAGGUCUCGCAGGAUGAACUAUUACUCGGAUCAGUAGCAACUCAAAUAAUCAUCAAAAUGAGCCGAUUGGAACAGAUCAUCGAAGAUCCAAGGAUCACCGCUUGUCGGACGAUGUCAAUGGUAAUGGCGCAUCGUCAUAUUGAACAAUUGAAAGCAUUUCUCGGGGAACAUGGGUACAAUAUAGAAGAAAUGCAUUUAGCAAUCCAAAUAUUAAAAAAUAACCGUCUUGCUGCCGCGCAUCCGAGUGAUCCAACAACAACAUCUUCGGAAAUUCGAACGGCAGUCGACCAUUUGUUUCCCUCCUCAUCUCAUCCGAAACUAGCCAUUGCUUUAAAAGCACUUAAAGUACUUGAAUUACUAGCGGAAGAGAUAAAAGAGCCAUUGUUUCUUAAAACAGAUUAA